AUGGCGGGAGUUUCCGUUGUCGGAUCCGAGCCUGAGUGGCGGUCCUUUCUCCUCAACGCCGAAGUGGUCAUUGUGGAUUUCACAGCGACUUGGUGCGGCCCUUGCCGGGCAAUCGGCCCGGUUUUUGAAAACUAUGCGACUCAAUAUCAAUCCAUCACCUUUCUUAAAGUGGAUGUCGACGAUCUUUCGGCAGUGGCAGAGCAGUUCAACAUUACCGUCAUGCCAACCUUCCUUGUGUUCGUGAACGGGGAGAAGGCGGACGAACUCGUUGGAGCGAGUAAGGAGAAGCUUCUUGAGUUGAUCCAGAAGUACGCUCGCUAG